UGAGGUCCAGGAACCAAGGACCACAACAACUAGGGAAGGUAACAUUGAAAUGGGAGAGUGCAUCGAUCCCGAACAUGUUGGAGUUGUUGAACCAAAUUUCCCUAGGGGAAGUAACUUCAAGAAAGUCUCCGUCCUGCCCCUUGUCUUCAUCAUCUUUUAUGAGGUAUCUGGCGGUGCGUUUGGUGCUGAGGACAGUGUCAAGGCUGCCGGUCCAUGUCUAGCGCUGAUCGGAUUCUUGGUGUUUCCACUAAUUUGGAGUCUUCCUGAGGCCUUGAUUACUGCAGAAAUGGGUACCAUGUUCCCUGUGAAUGGGGGUUAUGUGGUUUGGGUUUCUUCAGCCCUGGGUCCAUAUUGGGGGUUUCAACAAGGAUGGGUGAAAUGGUUAAGUGGAGUCAUUGAUAAUGCUUUGUACCCUGUUCUGUUUCUGGAUUACUUGAAGCCAUCAAUACCCGCUUUAGGCGGUGGAGUUCCAAGAAUCGCGGCAGUGUUAGCUUUGACAAUGAUUUUCACUUACUUAAACUAUAGGGGUUUAACCAUUGUCGGAUGGGUUGCUAUACUCUUAGGUAUUUUCACGCUCAUUCCUUUUGUGGUUAUGGGACUUGUAGCAAUUCCUAAGUUGGAGCCUUCAAGAUGGUUAGUGGUGAGUCUACACAAUGUGGACUGGAAUUUGUAUUUGAACACUCUCUUUUGGAAUUUGCACUAUUGGGAUUCAAUAAGUACACUUACUGGAGAGGUGGAUACCCCAAAGAAGACUCUCCCCAAAGCUCUCUUUUAUGCUAUGAUUUUGGUGGUUGUAGGAUAUCUCUUCCCUCUUUUAAUUGGUACUGGCGCUGUUCCACUUAAUCGUGAGUUGUGGACUGAUGGCUACUUCUCCGAUAUUGCAAAAAUUGUUGGGGGAGUUUGGUUGAGAUGGUGGAUUCAAGCGGCUGCAGCCAUGUCAAACAUGGGGAUGUUUGUGGCUGAAAUGAAUAGCGACUCUUUUCAACUUCUAGGGAUGGCAGAAAGAGGGAUGUUGCCCAAGUGUUUUGGUAAACGGUCUCGUUAUGGAACUCCAGUCAUUGGUAUUAUGUUCUCAGCUUCUGGAGUCAUUUUGCUAUCUUGGCUAAGUUUUCAAGAGAUUAUAGCAGCAGAAAACUUCUUGUACUGUAUUGGAAUGAUUUUGGAGUUCAUUGCAUUUAUACGAUUACGAAUGAAGUACCCAGCUGCAUCUCGGCCUUUCAAGAUUCCUGUUGGAACAGUUGGAGCCGUUCUUUUGUGCAUCCCACCAACAGUGCUCAUCGGUGUAGUAUUGGUUCUUUCUCAACCCAGGGUUGUGAUUGUGAGCCUUAUAGCUAUAGUGAUUGGCCUUUUUAUGCAGCCCUUUCUCAAAGAUGUUGAGAGAAAGAGGUGGAUGAAGUUCUCCAUAAGUUCUGAUCUCCCAGAUCUUCAUGGUGGUAACAAUCGAGUGCCAACUCUUUAA